AGUGUCGGACAUGGAACAAGGACCGUCCUGCCUAAUAAGUCCGCGCCUAUUGCGUGGUUACUAUGGUAACAAACACAGCGACCAGUUCGGAUUACGUUGGACUUUUGACUGAAGUUAACGCAAGAAUAAUACUUAAAGGCAAAGCAAAACUAAAAAAAAUAGAACAUCGCACUCUCGGAUUUUUUUUUUUUUAGCAACGAUGGGAGAUAAAGAGGAAAUUCCUUAUUUUCAAAACAAUGUAGAUAUCAAGGCAGAACACGAAGCUCAACCGAACAAGGAAAAUGACAAAAAAAAGAGAAAUCUGCCUGAAGUGAAGCCCCAGAAGCAUUCAGGACCGCAGAUUACGAAGAAAUUCCUGAGAGACCACUGUAAACAGAACAAACUUUACGUGACCCCUCACCUGAACGACACACUGUACCUUCACUUUAAAGGCUUCUCCACCAUUGAGAACUUGGAGGAUUACACAGGACUUCGGUGUCUCUGGCUGCAGAGCAACGGGCUUCAGCGCAUUGAGAAUCUGGACGCACAGACUGAGCUGCGCUGCUUAUUCCUUCAACAGAACUUCAUACGCAAAUUGGAAAACCUUGAACGCACCAGGAAACUGUGUACCCUGAACGUCUCAAACAACUACAUCCAGAGAAUUGAGAACAUUUCUUGCCUCCCUGACCUGUCCACUCUGGAAAUUACCCACAACAAGCUGCAGACUGUGGACGACAUUGAACAUCUUAGUCAGUGUGUGGCAAUCAGCGUGCUGGACAUGUCCCACAACUUGUUGACUGACCCUGAGAUCCUCGGUGUCCUCCAGGCAAUGCCAGAGCUGCGUGUUUUAAAGCUGAUGGGAAAUGAAGUGGUGAAAAAAAUACCAAACUACAGGAAAACCAUGAUUGUGCGCCUGAAGCAGCUCACGUUCCUUGAUGACCGUCCAGUGUUUCCCAAAGACAGGGCAUGUGCAGAGGCAUGGGCCGCGGGAGGCCUGGAGGGAGAGCGCCUGGAGAGGGAGCAGUGGGAAACACGAGACAGAAGGAAAAUUCAGGACAGCUUAGAUGCCAUUUCUUUGAUUAGGAAAAAUGCUCAAGAGAGACGGCGUCUGAAAGAACAACAGGAGGAAGGGGUCACUCAAGAUUCGACCUCCGAAGGGAAUCACCCCGAGCCUUCAAAUCCAGCCCUGGCAAAAAUGCAAGUAUUUGAGCAGGACUGCGCGGAUGCCCACAAAGAGUUCAUAAAAAAUCAACACGCAGACACUGGCACCAUUGAUGAGAGAAGAGAAUGUGACCAGUCCAGCACAGACAUCAAUAAUCAAGUGGCAGAAGAGAAUGGAGCGCCCCCUCUACAGCGGCGUGCACAAAAUCUAGAUAAUGAUGCUGCAGCUACAGAGAUAGAAAUCACCACUGAUAAACAACCACGUGAACUCCGGUUCAAGAGAAAGGAGGUAGAACUAGUGCAGGCAGAGGUGAGUGAGCACCAGCCUCCUCUCAUUCAGCCAGUCGGUCCUGGAGAAGAUGAUGUUGUAACCAUACACGGUCCAGGACCUCUGGUCACAGAGUUAAAAGACAUGGAGGAGGUGGAAACCAUUGACCUUCCACUGCAUCGCUCACUGCUGAUCGACGACCUGCCUGAUCUGGAGGACGUUGAUACAGAACAGUUCUCUGCAGCAGAGUUCAAUCAGCAGGUGUGCCGGCCAUUGAUAGAGGUCAUAUCAGGGGACAGUAGUGAUCAGGGUGAGGUAUAACAGUGAACUGGUCUUUGUGGUAGAGUAAAAUGUUGGGUCAUAAUAGUCGGUGUCGACCAACAAGAGCAAAUAAUGGGGAAAGAAAUUGCAUAAAAACAGCUUAUUGUUCACAAAAAGCUAAAAAUGUUCACCUUUUAGAAUAAAAAAAAAUCUGUAUACAAUAUAAAGAAACGUUGCAGACUUCACUGAUUAAUCUGCAUUUUAGUGCAUCACCAUCGAAUAAACUGGAAUAAAAAAAACACUUG